AUGUCAAUAUCUCCGUUACCAAGUAGUAGCAGUAGUGUACUCACUACACUAGCACCAGUAGUAUGCAGCCGUGUUCUUCCGCGGCCUGCCUUUACUCUGUGUUCCAAAGCUAUUAAAGGACAGUCUUACGAGGGCUGGCUCUGCGCCGAGAAGUUGGACGGCGUCAGGGCAAUGUGGGGACGUGGGAGGUUUCAGAGCCGCUACGGCCUUACGUUCCGGCCGCCACCUUGGUUCACUGCCGCACUGGACCGCCAUCUGGGACCGGACAUCUUCCUCGAUGGCGAAUUGUGGAUGGGCCGACACACUUUUUCUGAAGCUGCAGGUAUAUUGAGGAGACAAAGAUGCCAGCAAGGUUGGGCCAAGGUCCAGUAUCACAUUUAUGACCUAGCAUCGCAGGAGACGGCUCACCUGCCUUAUGAGGAGCGGUUUGAACUCCUUAAACAUCUUUUGCAGCCGAUUGGCGUCCAUUCUGUCGGCAAAUCUUCGGCAAAUCUUGCGACUGAUAGCGACAUCGCCGGCAUCUGUGAGGAGAUGGUCAGAGCUGGUGGGGAGGGAUUGAUCCUGCGGGAUCCACAGGGGAAGUAUCUUUCUGACAAGCGGAAUCCAGGCAUAGUUAAAGUGAAGCUUCACGAUGAUUCAGAGGCACUAGUGAUCGGCCACCUUACUUAUCAAGGGCGAGGGAGUGACAGAGGGAUAUCCUCGCUGGUUGUGGUCGACAGAGACAGAACCAUCUUCAAGCUUGGAUCUGGUCUUACUGACGAGAUCCGUAGAGAUCCCCCACCGGUAGGAACGGUUAUACAGUAUAAGUAUUCCGAGAUAUCGGCCUUGACGGGUCGGCCUCGCUUCCCGGUGUACCUAAGGGAGCGAGUCGACAUGUCUAAGGAGCGUUUUUUGGAGGAGAUGAGGCGUCCAGAUCUGUCAGAAGGAUCAACAUGUGGCGAGGAUGAGGAGCGGGGGUGA